UGCCCGCUCCUCACGGAGAUGCACUGCCUGUCCCACGGGAGCUCCCUGCUGCCGGCCGAGAGCAUCGUCAGCAUUGAAUACCUCCAGAAAUACGAGACCACCGUGGACGCUGUGUACAGGCUCUACUCCAGCUUCAGGGGAGAAAGCAGCGGGCUGCAGGAGCUGCAGAGCGUCCUGGACCUCUGCGAGAUAGACCUCGGGAGCCCCAAAGCCAUCCACUGGACUUCUAUUUUCCCAGCCGUGGAAGCUAUCGAUUCCUCGUGGCCCACACUGGUGCUGCUGCUGGAGAGCGAGGCGGAGCGGUCGCCUGUGGCCCAUGGCCUCUGUGAAGAGCUCAAGAAGUUCCAGUUUGUGGCCUUCACCAAGAUCCUCCUGGACGUCCUCCCCAUCUUCCAGAAGCUCAGCCGCUUCUUCCAGAUCGAGGACUUUGACCUCUCCAUCCUGAAGCCCAUCGUCUCCGCCACAGCCACCACCCUGCAGGCCCAGAAGAGCGCCAGCGGCCAGAACCUCCAGGAGUUCCUCAACGAGAUGAACGAGCACCCGCGGGACGACCGGGAGGGCGAGAGCCGCCUCUACUACAAGGGCGUCGAGCUGGCCAACUGCUCCAAGGUGCACCUAAAGCACUUUGAGCGCCUGAAGGAGAGCUACCUGGAGAGCGUGCGGGGCAACCUGCUGGACAGGUUCCCCAGCAGCGUCCUAGAGGCCAUCAGCUCCUUCUCGGCCAUCUUCAACCCCAAGUGCUACCCCCAGUCUUUGGAGGACAUUGGCAGCUAUGGGGUCAGCGAGCUGAAUUUCCUCCUGCAGGCUUACUCCCGGGUGGUGGUGAGCGAGAGGGCCCUGAGCGAUUUCCCCCGUGAAGUGAGCGGCGGCCGGCGAAGGCCGAGCGUCUACAGCAACUCUGAGAUGCACGAGCUCUUCCCGGACUUUGCCGUCCUCGCAGCCAUCGCCCUGGCCUUGCCGCUGGGCUCGGUCCUUGCCGAGAAGAUCAGCCGGGGCCGGGAGCUGCUGAAGCGCG